AUGGCUGGUCACACUGGAGAUAAGCUCAUCGCCCUCGAGGCAAGAGAAGGCACCGAGUGUGUCCGUCUCGCCCAAGGCAAAUCCUUUGGUGCUGAGAAGAGUGUCGCCGGCGAGCUGGUCUUCUCGACUGGUAUGGUCGGCUACGAGGAGUCCAUCACUGAUCCCUCAUACAAAGGCCAGAUCCUGGUUCUCACCUACCCUCUGAUCGGCAACUACGGUGUGCCCGACAGAAACGAACUCGACCCUCUCUUGAAGGACCUCCCUGCCCACUUCGAGGCAUCCCAGAUCCACAUUGCCGGUCUGAUCGUUGCUUCUUACUGCGGCGAAGCAUACUCACACUACCUGGCCACCUCUUCAUUGGGCAAAUGGCUCAAGGAGCAAGGCGUGCCUGCUCUGUGCGGCGUCGACACUCGCGCACUCACAAAGAUCAUCCGCGAGAAGGGUAGCAUGCUCGGCCGCAUGAGACUGCAAAAGUCUGGCCCCACUGCUGCUGCUCCCAUCACCAACGGCAUCACACCCAGCAACGGCGAGUACGAGGAGAAGCCCGAGUUCGAGGAGAUUGAGUGGUCCAACCCUAACAACCAGAACCUGGUCGCAGAUGUUUCUAUCAAGGAGCCCAAAAUCUACUCUCCCGACCCGUCAAACGCCUUGAAGCACCCCUCAGGCAGACCCAUCCGCAUUGUCUGCGUUGACGUCGGUCUCAAGUACAACCAGCUUAGAUGCCUCGUCAAGCGUGGUGUAGAGGUCCAGGUCGUCCCCUGGGACUACGACUUCCCUUCCUUGGCUGGCAAGGAGUACGAUGGUCUCUUCAUCUCCAACGGUCCUGGUGACCCGGCAUUGAUGGAGAAGACUGUCAAGAACAUUCAGGCCAACAUCCGCGAGGCCAGAGUUCCCAUCUUCGGUAUCUGUUUGGGACACCAGCUGCUCGCCCGCGCCUCCGGUGCCGAGACGGUCAAGAUGAAGUACGGUAACAGAGGCCACAACAUCCCUGCCACAAACUUGAUUUCUGGCAAGUGUUACAUCACAUCGCAAAACCACGGUUACGCUGUCGACUCGCGCACCCUCACCCAGGACUGGUCCGAACUCUUCGUCAACGCCAACGACGGCUCCAACGAGGGUAUCAGACACAUCAACCGCCCCUACUUCAGUGUCCAGUUCCACCCCGAAAGUGCCCCUGGUCCCCAGGACACCGAGUUCCUCUUCGACGUCUUCCUGGAUGCUGUCCAGAAGGUCAUUCAGGACUCUAGCAUGAUGCACCAGCCCAUCAAGUUCCCUGGUGGUGAUCUUGCUGAGAACCAGAAGGCCAACCCCAGAGUCACCGUCAAGAAGGUUCUGGUUCUUGGUAGUGGUGGUCUCUCCAUCGGUCAGGCCGGUGAGUUCGAUUACUCUGGUUCGCAAGCCAUCAAGGCUCUUAAGGAGGAGGGCAUCUACACAAUCUUGAUCAACCCCAAUAUCGCCACCAUCCAGACUUCCAAGGGUCUGGCCGACAAGGUCUACUUCCUCCCUGUCAACGCCGACUUUGUUCGCAAGGUCAUCAAGCAGGAGAAGCCUGACGGUAUCUACUGUACUUUCGGUGGACAAACUGCUCUGUCAGUCGGUAUUCAGCUCAAGGACGAAUUUGAAGGUCUCGGCGUCAAGGUCCUCGGUACUCAAAUCGACACUGUCAUCACCACUGAGGAUCGUGAGCUCUUUGCCCGUGCCAUGGAGUCCAUUGGCGAGAAGUGCGCUACCUCUGCCUCUGCCAACAACAUGGAGGAGGCUAUGGCCGCCGGUAAGAAGAUCGGCUUCCCCUUGAUCAUUCGUGCCGCAUACGCUCUCGGUGGUCUGGGCAGUGGUUUCGCCGAUAACGAGGAGCAACUUCGCGAGCUCUGCAACAAGGCUUUCGCUGCCAGUCCCCAAGUACUCAUCGAGCGCAGUAUGAAGGGCUGGAAGGAGAUCGAGUACGAAGUCGUCCGCGAUUGCCAGGACAACUGCAUUACUGUCUGUAACAUGGAGAACUUCGAUCCUCUGGGCAUUCACACUGGUGACUCUAUCGUCGUUGCCCCUUCGCAGACUCUGUCCGACAAGGACUUCAUGAUGCUGAGACGCACUGCUGUCAACGUCAUCCGUCACCUCGGCGUUGUCGGUGAGUGCAACAUCCAAUACGCUCUCAACCCCGACUCAAGAGAGUACUGCAUUAUCGAGGUCAACGCUCGUCUCUCGCGUUCCUCAGCUCUUGCCUCCAAGGCUACCGGAUACCCCUUGGCUUUCGUCGCUGCCAAGCUUGGUCUCGGUAUCCCUUUGAACGAGAUCAAGAACACUGUCACCAAGGUUACCUGCGCCUGCUUCGAGCCUUCCCUCGACUACGUUGUCGUCAAGAUUCCUCGUUGGGAUCUGAAAAAGUUCACUCGCGUCUCCACUCUCCUCGGCUCCGCCAUGAAGAGUGUUGGUGAAGUCAUGAGCAUUGGAAGAACAUUCGAAGAAGCCAUUCAAAAGGCUAUCCGUGCUGUCGAUGUUAGCAACCUCGGCUUCCAGGAGACCAACGCUCUCAUGUCUAUCGACCAGGAGUUGCAGACUCCUUCUGACCAGAGAAUGUUUGCCAUCGCUAAUGCCAUGCACUCUGGCUACACCGUCGACAAGAUCUGGGAGUUGACCAAGAUUGACAAGUGGUUCCUGAGCAAGCUCAAGGGACUGAGCGAGUUUGGCAAGCUGAUGAGCACCAAGAAGGUCGGCGAUGUUUCCUCGCCGCUCUUCAGACAAGCCAAGGAGCUUGGUUUCUCAGACAAGCAAUUGAGUAUCUUCUGGUCAACCAACGAGCAGACCGUUCGCAAGCACAGACUUGACUACGAUAUCAUGCCCGUCGUCAAGCAGAUUGACACCGUCGCGGGUGAAUUUCCUGCAUUCACGAAUUACCUCUACACAACUUACAAUGCGUCCGAGAGCGACAUCGACUUCAAUGACAAUGGUGUGAUGGUAUUGGGAUCUGGCGUCUAUCGUAUCGGUUCCUCCACUGUCUCGACUGAUUACGACGAGGCCGACCGCCUGUACUUCGAGAACAUCACCCUCGAGACUGUCCUCGAUAUCUACCAGCUCGAGAACUCCAGCGGUGUCAUUCUCUCCAUGGGUGGUCAGACCCCCAACAACAUCUCCCUGCCUCUCCACCGUCUCAACGUCAAGAUUCUUGGUACCUCCCCGGAGAUGAUCGAUUCCGCUGAGAACAGAUACAAGUUCUCGCGUAUGCUUGACAGAAUCGGUGUCGACCAGCCUCAAUGGAAGGAGCUUACCAGCAUCGAUGAAGCUAAGAAGUUCUGCGACGCUGUCUCCUACCCUGUACUUGUCCGUCCUUCAUAUGUUCUUUCUGGAGCAGCCAUGAACACCGUCUACUCGGAGCACGAUCUUGCCAAUUACCUUAACCAGGCCGCCGAGGUGUCUAAGGACCACCCCGUUGUCAUUACCAAGUACAUUGAGGGCGCCAAGGAAAUUGAGAUGGAUGCUGUUGCCCGUAACGGUACCAUGAUCGGUCACUUCAUCUCGGAGCACGUUGAGAACGCUGGUGUUCACUCUGGUGACGCUACCUUGAUCCAGCCCCCUCAGGACUUGGAUUCCGAGACCGUCAGGCGUAUUGAAGAGGCUACUAAGAAGAUUGGUGAGGCUCUCAACAUCACCGGUCCUUACAACAUUCAGUUCAUCGCCAAGGACAACGAUAUCAAGGUCAUUGAGUGCAACGUCAGAGCCUCGAGAUCUUUCCCCUUCGUUUCCAAGGUCACUGGUGUUGACUUGAUCGAGUUGGCCACCAAGGCUAUGACUGGCCUCCCCCUCCAGGAGUACCCCCCUACCACCAUGCCCCCAGACUACAUUGGUGUCAAGGUUCCCCAGUUCUCAUUCUCGCGUCUCUCCGGUGCUGAUCCCGUUACUGGUGUCGAGAUGGCUUCAACUGGUGAGGUUGCUUGCUUUGGUCGUACCAAGUACGAGGCUUAUAUGAAGGCCCUCGUCGCCACUGGCUUCCGUCUUCCCAAGAAGAACAUCCUCCUGUCUGUCGGAGCUUACAAGGACAAGCAAGAGUUGUUGCCUUCUAUCGAGAAGCUCCACAAGCUUGGCUACAACUUGUACGCCACUGCCGGUACUGCCGACUUCCUCGAGGAGCACGGUGUUCCUUGCAAGUUCUUGGAGGCUCUCCAGGAUGACGAGCAGAGAACGGAGUACUCGUUGACUCACGCUCUUGCCAACAACUUGAUUGACUUGUACAUCAACCUGCCUUCAAGCAACCGCUUCCGUCGUCCUGCCAACUACAUGUCUAAGGGUUACCGUACUCGCAGAAUGGCUGUCGACUACCAGACUCCUCUGGUCACCAACGUCAAGAAUGCAAAGAUCCUGAUCGAGGCCAUCGCUCGCGACUACGACAUGGCUAUCAGCAGCAUUGACUACCAGACCUUUGCCGAACUUCCCUCGACCUCUCUCGAACAGCCUGUUGCCAAGCAGACUCCCUCUCUUCAAGAACUCCUCCACAACUCACCCUUCAAGGGUAGAGACAUCACCUCUGUCAACCAGUUCACCAGAAAGGAGUUGCAUCUUCUCAUGACUGUCGCCUCGGAGAUGCGUCUUGGUGUGGAGAGAGAUGGCAUUCUUGACAUCCUCAAGAACAAGCUCCUCUGCUUGAUGUUCUACGAGCCUUCCACUCGCACUUCAUCUUCCUUCGAUGCUGCCAUGAAGCGUCUUGGUGGCCAGUGCAUCAUGAUCAACGAGGCUCACUCGAGCACAAAGAAGGGCGAGACCCUGUCGGACACCAUCCGCACUCUUGACCAGUACGCUGACGCUAUCGUCCUCCGCCACCCUGAGGAUGACAGCGCCGAGGUUGCUGCUGACGCUGCUGACCACCCUGUCAUCAACGCCGGUAACGGCUCGCGCGAGCACCCUACUCAGGCCUUCCUCGAUCUCUUCACCAUUCGUGAGGAGGUUGGUACUGCCAACGGCCUCACCAUCACCUUCGUUGGUGAUCUCAAGUACGGCCGCACUGUGCACUCUCUUUGCGAGCUGUUGAAGCACUACAACUGCACAAUCAACCUUGUCGCACCCAAGCAGAUCGAGCUUCCUGAGAAGGUCCGCAGUGCCCUUCAGGGCCGUGGUCAGGUCGGUAUCGAGUCCCACGAGCUUACUCCCGAGAUCGUUGCCUCGUCCGACGUCAUCUACUGCACCCGUGUGCAGAAGGAGCGCUUCGAGGACCUGUCUCUGUACGAGAAGGUCAAGGAUGGUCUUGUUGUCAGCGCUGCUACACUCAAGCACGCUAAGAAGAACAUGAUUGUCAUGCACCCCUUGCCUCGCAACAUGGAGCUCAGCCCUGAGGUCGACAACGACCCCAGAGCUGCUUACUUCAGACAGAUGAAGUACGGCAUGUUCGUCCGCAUGGCUCUCUUGGCUCUGGUCAUGGCCUCGUAA